AGGGCUUUUACUCAACGACGCUUCCAUUGGUGUUGGGCCGCGAGAGCCCGCCUUUUAUUGUUUUCAAUUGGCUGCGUGUCCCGGCGCCAGGCUGGGGGCGGGGCUUGGGCGCUUUAAGAUUGCAUCAGCUGGUGGGUCCGGGGCCACGAUCCGCAGGUGCAGCGUUAGCGGUGCUCUGGCCCACUUGUGACCUGCCUCGGCUCACCUUUCUUUUAGGCUACCGUUUCCCGGUUCUGCCGCCUCGUGGCGGUUCGCUGAUGUCCGUGGAGAACAACAGCGGCGGUCUAGGAAGCAUGGGAGGCGAGGAGAAGCCGGUAGACACCAGUCAGGAGAAGCAAAAGGAAGGCAAGAAGAAGAACAAAGAAGGAUCUGGAGAUGGAGGCCGAGCAGAGUUGAAUCCCUGGCCUGAAUAUAUUAAUACACGUCUUGAGAUGUAUAAUAAACUAAAAGCAGAGCAUGAUUCCAUUUUGGCAGAGAAAGCUGAAAAAGAUAGCAAGCCCAUUAAAGUCAUGCUGCCUGAUGGUAAACAGGUCCAUGCGGAAUCCUGGAAAACCACGCCGUAUCAAAUUGCUUGCGGAAUUAGUCAAGGCCUGGCAGACAACACAGUGAUUGCUAAAGUAAAUAAAGUUGUUUGGGACCUAGACCGUCCUCUGGAGGAAGAUUGUACCUUGGAGCUUCUCAAGUUUGAGGAUGAGGAAGCUCAAGCAGUCUACUGGCACUCCAGUGCUCACAUAAUGGGUGAAGCUAUGGAGAGAGUCUAUGGUGGAUGUUUAUGUUAUGGCCCACCAAUAGAAAAUGGAUUCUACUAUGACAUGUUUCUUGAAGAAGGGGGUGUGUCCAGCAAUGAUUUCUCUUCUUUGGAGGCUUUAUGUAAGAAAAUCAUUAAAGAAAAACAAGCUUUUGAAAGAUUGGAAGUGAAGAAAGAAACUUUACUGGAAAUGUUCAAGUACAACAAGUUCAAAUGCCGGAUUUUGAAUGAGAAAGUGAAUACUCCAACCACCACAGUCUAUAGAUGUGGCCCCUUGAUAGAUCUCUGUCGGGGUCCUCAUGUCAGACACACCGGCAAAAUUAAGACUUUAAAAAUACACAAAAACUCUUCUACCUACUGGGAAGGCAAAGCAGACAUGGAGACUCUGCAGAGAAUUUAUGGCAUCUCAUUCCCAGAUCCUAAAAUGUUGAAAGAAUGGGAGCAGUUCCAAGAAGAAGCCAAGAACCGAGAUCAUAGGAAAAUUGGGAGGGACCAAGAACUGUAUUUCUUCCAUGAACUCAGCCCUGGAAGUUGCUUCUUCCUGCCAAAGGGAGCCUACAUUUAUAAUACUCUCAUUGAAUUCAUCAGAAGUGAGUAUAGAAAAAGAGGAUUCCAGGAGGUGGUCACCCCGAAUAUCUACAACAGCCGCCUCUGGAUGACCUCGGGCCACUGGCAGCACUACAGUGAGAACAUGUUCUCCUUUGAGGUGGAGAAGGAGCUGUUUGCUCUUAAACCCAUGAACUGCCCAGGACAUUGCCUUAUGUUUGAUCAUCGGCCCAGAUCCUGGCGGGAGCUGCCUCUGCGCGUAGCCGAUUUUGGGGUACUUCAUAGGAAUGAGCUGUCGGGGGCACUCACAGGUCUCACCCGGGUGCGCCGAUUCCAGCAAGAUGAUGCUCACAUAUUCUGUGCCAUGGAGCAGAUUGAGGAUGAAAUAAAAGGUUGCUUGGAUUUUCUGCGUGCAGUAUAUAAUGUAUUCGGAUUUUCUUUUAAACUGAACCUUUCUACUCGCCCAGAAAAAUUCCUCGGAGACAUUGAAGUGUGGAAUCAAGCUGAGAAACAACUUGAAAACAGUCUGAAUGAAUUUGGUGAGAAGUGGGAAUUAAACCCAGGAGAUGGAGCUUUCUAUGGCCCAAAGAUUGACAUACAGAUUAAAGAUGCGAUUGGUCGGUACCAUCAGUGUGCUACGAUCCAGCUGGAUUUUCAGUUGCCCAUCCGAUUUAAUCUUACUUUUGUAAGCCAUGAUGGUGAUGAUAAGAAAAGGCCAGUAAUCAUUCAUCGAGCCAUCUUGGGGUCAGUGGAAAGGAUGAUUGCUAUCCUCACUGAAAACUAUGGGGGCAAAUGGCCCUUCUGGCUGUCUCCUCGCCAGGUAAUGGUAAUUCCAGUGGGACCAACGUGUGAUGAAUAUGCCCAAAAGGUACGGCAACAGUUCCAUGAUGCUAAGUUCAUGGCAGACAUUGACCUGGAUCCUGGCUGCACCCUGAAUAAGAAGAUCAGAAAUGCACAGUUAGCGCAAUAUAACUUCAUCCUAGUUGUGGGUGAAAAGGAGAAAACCAGUGGCACUGUUAAUAUCCGCACGAGAGAUAACAAAGUCCACGGGGAACGUACCAUCUCUGAAACCAUCGAGCGGCUGCAGCAGCUCAAACAGUCCCGCAAUAAACAGGCAGAAGAGGAAUUUUAACCAGGAGUCUUGCUGAGAAUGGCUCAGUGGAGAAGGGGCAGCAGUGUUUCUGUAACUCAGCUUUGUACUCCAGAAAACAUCCACGCUGACCUUGGAACAGUUUGGCAGAGUCUGCAUAGUUGUUUCCAGGAUCAGCCUUUUUUGACCUACAAAGGCUUUAGACAAUGUAUGAAGGAGUUAAUGAAAACAGACCAUUAACAUGAUUUUCAUUCAACACCUGAGCUCUGGGAAUAAAACGAGGAAUGAUUUAGUGUAAUGUGAUACAACUUUUUAAUACAUUUAAUAAGAAGUAAUCAUUUUCAAAUUCAAUUAAAAAGAAAAAGUAGAAUUGGACAUACACAAGCAUACCAGGAACGAAUUGUGAUUCAGUAUUUAGAGUUUUACGAGAAAUAGGAUGAGGGGGCAAGUGUUCAACGCAUCUUUUUCUCAAACUAGGAUGUGAGCUUGGUGCUGGCUUUUCAGUUACAAAUAUACUUUUAUUUUUUUCCAGUGUCAUUUUUACUUCUUUUUGCAUGGACACCUUUUAAAACAACAACCAGGGGUUUAUUAUAGAAUAGAUAGUUGAUUUGCACCAAUUUCUAAGCUAAAGAAUGAAUCUUCAAAGAAAUACCUGUGUAUGGCUCUGUGCUGGGCUGUAGAAUCGUGUUAAAUUUCUUCUUCUCAUAAUAAUUAUAAAGUUUCUCUACCAGUAGAUGGUGAUUAGAAGAAUGCCACACAAUAAGGAAUUAACUCUAUGGAUAUGUGUGAAUUCCUCUCUGAUGUAGUCUUAUUCUUUUGUUUAUUUCUUCCAUGAAUGAGUAGAGACAGAGAUAGGCAGCCAAGCCCAACAGUCCUCAGGGCACGAUCGUCAGCUUCAACCAGCCUUCCCGACUGGGUGCACAGCUGGCAUGUCAGGGAGGUCUCUGGACACUAACCUGGGACGUUCCUGUGCGUCAGCCUUCCAGAAUGUUGCAUUACUGCUGCGCCACCAUCUGUCCCCAAUAUAAUACAUAUUUCAAAGAUGUUACUUUGUCAGUUCUAUUGUAACCCCAGAUAGUUCGUUUGCAAGUGUCAAGUCAAAGAGAAUCCAAUUUGCAUAGAUUAAUCCUCACUUUAACAUAAGGGAUAAGAUCUUUAAUUAUAGGGAGGCUUUGUUUUCUUUUUGAAACUUUAGAAUGAAGCCUUGCUUCUGAAUGUCUUGAGAGUUAGCUUUUGGUAGGUUUUUAAUUAAUUUUACAUAUGUCUGAGGGAAACUUAAUUGUAUACUUAACCAGUCUGCAUUCUCAAGUCACGAUACUACAAUGUACUAUCUCAUUUCAAAACAUUUCUUUCUUUAAAAUUCACAGUAUCUUUGGGUUUUUCUUCAGUUUUGGAAAAUAUUAUGUAGAACAAUUUUAAAUGAUUUUCAUUCUGUAUAGUCUGAAGACCAACUGCGGUUUAAGAUAUUGUUUCGGUGCUUGUUUUAUGUUUAAAGCAAUAAAUGGCUUAUGUGAUUAAUAAUCUUAAAAUGUUUAGAGAAGCUGUAUAAUCUUUUAAAAUGUAGGAAACAAAAAAAAAUAUUUUUUCAGAAUGUGGAUGACUUUCUCCCAUUUCUUUGUCUUCUGCUGUUUGUACAAGGAAUCCAUAUCUGUGCAAUUUUGUUGUAUAUCACUUUCAUUUUUUUCUCUCUGAUAAUAAAGAUUUAAAGAUC